UGGCCGCCGGCUUUGAAGAAGAGGGAAAGGGACGGAUUCUCACUUCUUUCUUCUUCGCUGCUUUAUUUCCCUGCAUCUUUUUUAUCUUUUUACACCCUGUCUACACCUCCAUUCUGCUGUCCUCCCUGCUCCUGAUUCUCUCUCUCCUGACAGUCUUUCUUUCUCUGUCCUACAUCCGACUUGCUUCUCUCUCUGUCUCUCCUCCUCCUCCUCACCUAUGGCUACCUGACAGUUAGCUUCUUCCUCUGCCGUCUCUCCUCCUCUCUUCUGUUUACCCCCCUCUUUGCUGUCAUCUAUACAUUUUCUCUUACUGCUAGGAUGCCAGUGCUUGAGGGGCUUUGGGGCCAAGAUCUGAGGAUGCGCGACUCUGGUCUUAGUGUUGGGGUUGAAGUCGGGGUAUGUCCUGACGAGGCUCCCCGCUCACCAGUCUGGGGUCCUCUCAGGAUGCCUCCUGUUACUUGCGGGGGUCUAUCGCUGGCACUGGAGCUUCCAGCUCUCAUACGACAGCUUAGGGCGGCCUGGAGGGCUCGCAGGGGGGGCCCACUGGAUCCUGAGAGGAGUCCGACAAGCACCUGGGUGGCAGAAGAAGAAGUAGAGGAGCUGAAACAUGACUUAGAGGACAGGAGUGCUCAUGUGGAAGCUGAUGGCAGACUGAACACUGGUCAUGCUGGUGUGUUGCUGGUUGAGAGACGAGGCUCCUACCCACUGAUUGACCUGCGAAUCCUCAAAACCAGUGCCCAGCAGGGGGUGGUAGAGUCCGGCACCAGGAGGAAAGUGAAGCGUCUGCUGAGCUUUCAGAGAUACUGCCACGCCUCCAGGCUGCUCAGGGGGUUGGUGCCCCACACCCCCGGGUCACUGCACCUGCUGGACGACGACUACCUUGGACAAGCUGCGCACAUGCUAUCCAAAGUAGGCACAUGGAACUUCGACAUUUUCCUCUUUGAUCGUCUUACAAAUGGUAACAGCCUGGUGACUCUGAUGUGUCAUCUCUUCAAUGUCUAUGGUCUCAUUCACCACUUUGAGCUGGACAUGGUCAAACUGCACAGGUUUCUUGGCAUGGUUCAAGAGGACUACCACUCCCAGAAUCCCUAUCACAAUGCUGUCCAUGCUGCUGAUGUCACUCAAGCCAUGUACUGCUACCUGAAGGAGCCCAAGCUGGCAGAGCAGCUGAGUCCUCUGGAUGUGUUCCUGGGUCUGAUGGCAGCCGCUGCUCACGAUGUGGACCAUCCUGGAGUCAACCAGCCCUUCCUCAUUAAGACCAGACACCACCUCGCCUCCCUCUACCAGAACACCUCUGUGCUGGAGAGUCAUCACUGGAGAUCCACAGUGGGCAUGCUGAGAGAGUCAGGACUGCUGUCCCACCUGCCUGUGGACAUGUCGCAGGACAUGGAACAGCAGCUGGGCUCUCUCAUCCUUGCUACUGACAUCAGCAGGCAGAACGAGUUCCUGUCGACCUUCAGAGAGCAUCUGGACAACCAGGACCUGGACCUUCAACUACCCUCACAUAGGCACUUUAUACUGCAGAUUGCUCUGAAGUGUGCAGAUGUUUGCAAUCCAUGUCGGGUUUGGGAGCUGAGCAGACAGUGGAGUGAGAGGGUGUGUGAGGAAUUCUACAGACAGGGUGACCUUGAGAAAAAGUUUGACUUGGAGAUUAGUCCUCUGUGUAACCAGCAAGCCGACUCUGUUCCAGCCAUUCAGAUAGGGUUCAUCUCGUACAUCGUUGAGCCUUUGUUUGAGGAGUGGCACCGCUUCACUGAGGCCAGCAUGCUCAGCCAGACCAUGAUGGGUCACCUGCACAGGAACAAGGCCCGCUGGAGCCGCCUGAGAUAUGCACGCACACAUUCAGACACACACUCCCACACAGAGGAGCAGGAGCCUGAAGAAGAAGAAGAAGAAGAAGAAGAGGGAGGAGGUGGAGGAGGAGAAGAAGAAGAAGAGGGAGAAGACAUCCCUUAGCCUUUCUCCAGCUUCUGAAGGUGUUAUCCUUUGUGAAUGGAGGAUAGGAGUGUUUAUCCACCUCCUUGUUUGUCCUCCAGCAUAUUUUCUCCCACUGCCAGUUGUUCACAGGCUCUGAGGGUGGGAGCACUGGAUGGGAUGAGAAACGGCUCCCUCUGCUGGAGUGGCAGACUGUAGCCCUGCAGGAGGGAGAGAAAAAAAGCCAGAAAGAGAUUCAUGGUAUGGCAGAUGAUCUUAGUAAAUAUAUGCCUCACUAUAUAACUCAGUGAUAUGAGCUUGAAAGUAAAAGAGGGACAAAAACACAGGGAAGAAUUUAAAGGUUUAUUAAGGAACUGGGAUCAAUGAAGACAGAUAUUAAUGUUUUUGCACAAAGCUGCUAGAACAAUAAAGAAAUGGAAAUGCUAAGAUUAUAACGUAAGCAAGACUGUGCUGGGGAAGAUAACAGAGAAUACAUGAGACAAGAAAAAUAUAUGAAACUAUCCUCUAUAUGAUACUUUUUUAAACUUUAACAAUAAUAAAAAACAUAAUCUAUAAGGAUCUUUUCACUUUAAAUCUUUUGUACAGUUUGCACUUCUAUUGGAUGCUUUUUCAUACAAGUGUCUCACUUGUCUGCUCUCCACUGAAGUGUGUUUUUAACUCCAGCACUGAGUUGAUCUUUGAGUACUGUACACUGAAAAAGUCCUCUGUUUUAACUGACUGAAUAAACUAAUGACUCAGUGGCUCAGCUGGAUGUGUAAGGACUCACGGACACAAACGUAAGCCAUUUUCUUUAAAUGUUUUUAAUGUUAUAAACGUUUUAAUCUGUACAUACUGUGUCGUAUGACCUCAGCACUUCACACACCAAAAUCUCAGCAAUGUAAUAACCUUUUUACUGGGUAAGGAUCAAGGGAAAUAUAAGUCUAACACUGGUUUUUAGUAACUUUAUGGGUGCAUUUAUGUGUCUGAUAGCCUCAAUUUAAAACACAUGCACACAACAAAGCCUUAACAAUAACUCGGUCUUCUAUCUGUAAAAUAAAACUUUCAGAUGGUGUUUUUGCCAUUUUCUGAUGAGAUUUCUUACUCCGUUAAACUGCUCUCUAACAUAUUCUGCCUAUACUCCUUCAGCCAUACCAGCAUACUGACAUACACCCACAGACAUACGCACAGUACUGUAGCAGCCUGUUCGAUCUUCUCCCAGUAUUUCAGUCAGAUUGGGUCUUACACCCAUUCAGGGCUGCCAAGGUGCCAAUGUACUGUUUUGACACAUGGACUCACCGCUCUUUUACCUCUAUGAAGUGUUUCUAUGACUUCUUUGUUCACUGUAUGCACUGUAUCUUAUGUCAUGAACUGACUUGGACCAAUUAGUAAUCACAAAUAUCUCUAAGUUUAACAUUUCUCUUUAAAGCUCCUGUGGGGAUAUUUGAACGGGUUGGGUAACAAACUCAAUUGAGUAUUUGCAUCUAUUAAUGACCUCAAAAAGAAAACAAGAUCAGCAGAAGAAGCAUUAGAGCCGGUUUUAUGUUUGCACAUGAAAGAUUAAAAAGCAACCCAGAAUACUGCAAAAAAAAAAAAAAAAAAGUUUUUACACUUGUGGAAGGUGGGGAAAACGCUGGCUCAUCAGCAUAUAACGAAAAUGCGACCUUUUGCAUCAUAAAGGCAUUUACCUGUUAAGCGAUAUCUAUAGAUUAACAUGCUUAAGUAAGCACCCAGGGCUGAUACUACAACUCUUCUAAGAGCACAUACUUUGUAUAUAUCUUCAAUAUCUUGAUAGUUGUUGGAACACAGUGCAAUAUUGCAUUGAGUCCUCAUCUUCUGCAUUUUUUCUUGAGUAGCGCAACCUAGUACUUGGCCGCCUGACUCCUAAUACUCACAUAAUGAAAAUGGAUUUAAAAAAAAAAAAUGCAUAGAUUUACAGAUGAGGAUGAAUUAAUUACCCCCCCCCCAUAAAAGUUUCAGUUUUUUUAAAGUAAUUUCAAAUGCUGUUAAACAGAGCAAAUAAUUUCAAACACAGCUAUUCAAAUAUCCUAGUUUUAUUUUGCUUUCAUUAUUUUGUUUGCACAUAGAAACAAAAUUGUUUCACAAAAAAAAAAAAAAAACUAGCAGGGUCAAAAUUAUUACUUACACAGCAAUUAAAAAAACAAAACAAAAUUUUCAUAGGGGGACUAUUAAUUUUGUUCUCAUCUGUUCAAGAUGGAACCCAAGAGGGCAGCAGAGUCAACACACCUACAGUUCCUCACAGGAGCUUUAAUAUCCAGCAGUGAACACAUCGACCAUAAAAAACUAGAUACCGUCAUUCACACAUGUACAAUUUAUUGCCAAAAAUGGUACUUUUAUAUCAACAAACCUUUAUAUUUAUAAUCCCAAUGUGAAACGAAUCCAUAUGUAGCUGUUACUGUAUGAUCUAAACAAGGCAUAUUAAAUAUCUGUAGAUACUAGUUGGUCCAAGUGUAAAAUGUACUUACAUUAAACAUCUUUUUUUACGACACUUCUGUAAAUAUGUACAAAUAAGGUUGUCACAAUUAAGGAUCACUCCUGGCACGUUUAAUCCUGUGUAGAUGGUGCUGAGAGAGGCCCGCUUCCUGCGUCUUCCCUGAGUUAUAGAUGGAAAACCUUAGCUUUAUGAUUAAAGAAAUCCAGCCAACAGUUUAAUUAUUCUGUCAUGGCUUAAAUACUAACGAGAUGUUCAAAAGAACUGUAAAAAGAAUCUAUAUAAAGCCAAUUUAUUUGAGAGUUUUUUAAUUACUGUGAUAUAUACAAGCCUUUUCUAUGAAGAGCAGUGCAAUAAAGUCACUGGCCAAGUUGUAACAAAGACAACAUAUUCCUAUCUGACUAUAGCUCUUAUUAUUAAUAAGAAAAUGAUUCACAUGUCUUCACUAAAGCACUUUUGGCUUUGUUGUAACUCCCACUAUAUGUAAGCAGCACUAUUGAUGAAAUACAGUAUUUAUUAAAGUCACACAUUACUGCCGUAGUGUAGACAGGAGGCCUCAGGCUGCCGCAUAUCUCUAUACCUCCUCAAAUCCGCACUGAAACAGGGUCGCUGAGCCAUACUGGUUUCACUUUGAAAUAUAAAAGUGCUGUAUGCAGUAAACAUUUUAAUGCCAGAGUUGUAUUGUGUAGAAUAAUCUUAUGAAAAAAAAGAAGUCUGUGAUAAAUCUUUGUAAAUCAAACUUAAGAGAAAUAGUAAUGUGUCUUCUUAUGAAUGAAUAUGCAUUGAAGAGGAGGGGAUCAACUUUUGUCCUAAAAUGAACCCCCUUUGCAAAAUUUACCAAAAUAAUGCUGACCAACACUCUAGUUCCUCUCUGAACCCACAAGAUGUUAGUCAUUUGAAAGACUGCCGAUUAUCAGUAAUUAGAUACUUUUCUGAAAAAUAAAUCUGGACUUUUCAUCAGCAGAGAGAGACUUGAUCUGUGUAUGCUCAAUUCAGUCACUCAUGGUACCUGAUCGUUGAAGUAAAUUCUUGAUAGAAAAGUCGUCCUCCUCUGCUGAGAAAUGUUGGAUUUUACCUAUUAAUCUCUUCAAUUGAAGCCUGUCGGUGUUUGUAACCCAAUGAACGGUGGUUAUGCGGGAUGUUUGCACUGUGAAGUGAUUAGAACAGGACUUCUAGGUUUAAUCUGAUUGUCGCUGUUUUGGUGUUUGGACGGGUCUUCUGACUUCUUGACUUUACACUUCUGUUCUGGCAACCAACCUCU